AGCUUCUACCAGUCAUGCAGCCUCGACGACUCAGAACCCCACUUCCAGCGACGAAGUUCAAGGUGCUGGGCCGUAUGCAGCUUCGGGCUCAUCGCGCAUCGACCGGCGGUCAUCGAUGGCCACUACAACAAACACGGCCAGUUUGGAUAGACGCCUGGCGCCGAUGAACAUAGCUGAAGAGAUCAUUGUACCGAGUGCCUCUGCUGCUGCGCAUGCGUCGAGCAGUGCUGCUGCGUCAGAAACCAAAGUAAGACUUUUGGCCCUGUACAUGCUAGAUCUGGUAGCACGCAUGUUCUCACACGACUCUGCCUCCCAGAAAGUUCAGGUUCUUUUCCACGCCGCGAAGCCCAUGAACGCGAGCAAUCGGGCAACGCUAGAGCAUAGCGCAAACGAGUACGCCGCCGUUCAUGAGCCCAGAAUGCGGCAGUGGUCGUUUGCGAAAAGUUUUCAAGAAGCGCCGGCUGGUUCGGGCAACUGGUACGCAAUGGGGGUGGCGUACGACGGGGACGGCAACAGGUUGCCAAGUCCCUGGGCAUUCCACCGACCGGCGCACUUAGCAAACGGGCAUCCGAUAUUUUUGGCAAAAGGUGACGUGCAUACGACGCAACGGCCCAAAAAGGUCAGAGUCAUUGGCAAUGGUAAAGUCCCCAAGCACUGGAAGCCAGUUCCGGCAGAGCAGCGUCGUCCAGUACCACCUCAAAGCGAGCUUGCCCUUCCCAUCAUUGCUCGGAAGCAGUCGCUUAAAGCGGAAGGAACGCUGGCUAGUCCACAGCAAGAGAUCCGCGCGAAGCCGAAGAUUGGGGGACAGAAAGCUGUGCGCCAAUCCAUCUCCAAGUCGAGCCCAAAGCUGCGUCCCAUUCGUAGGCUUCUUGCGCAGCGGAGUGGGAGGCUUCGUACGCCGCAGGUGAAACCUUUGACAGCAGCACCUUUGCAGACGCAAACGCGUCAACAAGGAUCUGGCACCGGUGGCAACCUUGCUCGUCGUCAUCUCCUUGCACACGACUUCACCACAACUUUAUAUCGUCGAGCUGGUAGCGAGGCUCCUCUCAAAGCUCUCACCCAUGCCGCUGGCGCCGGGCCAUCUGUUGAAGGUCUGACGCAGCAUCAAACGUCUUCACACGUGCUCGAGAUGGACCUUCCGCACGGACGACACAAAUUGAUAGUCGUCAUACCUUCAGUCAUUAAGGACCCAAUGACGCGCGAGGCGCUUGCGAAAAGCGCAGCAGCGCACGCAGGUGCUCACGAACCAAACAUGCACCAAUUCACCGUCUACAGAGCUUUCCGGGAGGACGUCAAGGAUAGCGGUGAAUGGUACGCUGUGGGCAGGGCAUUUGAUACAAAUACACGAAGGCUUCAAAGUCAUUGGGCAUUUCCACGAAAAAAAGGCGAGCAUCACAGCUACGCGAUUCCUUUGGCAGAGGGCGUCAAAUUUCAGCCAUGGCAGUCCAGUCGUCGGAACGCACUGGUCACUGGGACUGGCAAGGUCCCUUCUCAUUUCACUCCAGUACCUGAAAAGGAUCGGCCGCCAACGGAGCUUAUUCAAGGGAGAGUCGAACCCUACAUUGCGCAGCUAAGGCACGGUCAUGCUCAUCCUGCCAUCGCCGCUCGCGUAUCGGGCGAGGGUAUGGAGCGCUCGUCUGGCAGGAUAGCCAUGACCAGGUCGAUUGCCAAGACUAGCAAGAAGCUGCAACCGAUCAGGAAGGAGCUCGCGCUGCGACGCAAGACACUGUUCAGGAAGGGACCUCGAGAACCCCUCGCUCGUGCAACACCAGAAGGGUCAGGGAGUGAGGGCGCAUCCCAUGGCGAGGAAAGACAAGAUGCAAGAUCACCGGCACGUCUCGAGCAGCGAGCUGCUGGAACUGUGAGUUGAUCACUGCUGUGCGAAGCUCCACAAGCGUUCAAUCGCUGUCUCGCUCGCAGCAUCACGUGCAAUGCUGACCUCGACACUGAAUAAGAGAGUGUUGGGGCAAAUUA